AUGUCUUGUUCCGUUGUCACAUGAAGGUUCGUUAGGCAAUUGGAAAAGUCUGGUUUAAAUCCAUAGACUUCGACCUUUCCACAUGGUCAGAGAAACUCACUGCAAAGCUGCAAUGUUUCCUCCGAGGUCAUCAUCCCAUCUUUCUUCAUACCCAAGGUCCAGGAGGAUGACUUCCCUGCUCAUUGACGGAAUAUCCUGACCUUAUGUAAGCAAAGUCCUCUCUGCUUCAGUCGGCCAAUCAUCGGAUGAACAGGUGAAGCUGGCAGAAAGAGGGGCAGCCUCGGCGAAAAGUGUCGGAUCUCCGAGAAUCUUAUUCCUCAACACGCAUCACCAACGACCACGACCACAUCACACCAACUCUACAGUCAGAAAAGAAGGAGCUGACGAGUCCCCCGUUCAAUGGCUGUGGACGUCGAGAUCUUUAACUCGAUAUUUGUGUUGCUUGUUCUCUGAGCAUCGCCUGUCGUUUCGACUGAACCAGCAAAGCCCUCGUUAUUAGUCAUUGGUUUUGAGAGAGAGGGAAAAUUUAUACUGCUGCAGGUUUCGUUUUGGCAGUCGUGUUCGCUUGCUGCUUUUCUCACCUUACAUACAGUACAGGCUUCUCUUAUCAGAUUUGAUUGAUAAAGCGUUUAUCGCCGACUGGCCCGUUUUGUUGCUGUCUCUGUUUCGCAUGCUCGAGCCCACUUCCUUGUUUAUCGCCUGCAACUUAGAUAGGGAAAACGGCGCCGAGCGUCAGUGGCGGCUGGGUCUGUUUUGUUUGUUUGUUUGGAACCUUCCCUUCGGCCGAUAGCCCCCUCCGUCUCCGGGAGAAACACCAUGCCCCGGUCGGAUCCGAGUGAACAAAGCGUUAGCCCCGGCGGAACCGAGGCCCACGAGGAUGGUGAUGAUCGCGCUCCGCCCCGUAAACGCCAGAGAGUCCGGCUCUCCUGCCUCGAGUGCCGUCGAAGAAAGUUGUCCUGUGACCGGGAGUUUCCAUGCUCCCGCUGUCUUCAGUCCGGUACAUCAGACAAGUGCGAGUAUGAGACCCGGCCCGGCCUGGCACCUCCGAACAAGCUCGGCCUCUCCCAGGGUGCCUUGACGGGUCUGGACUCUCGACUGUCGUUGCCAAGUACCGGAGGAGAGUCGCCCUACUUUCGCAAGGAUGGCCGAGAUCUUGACAGGAUCCGUCGGUUGGAGAUGGAGGUUGCCCAGCUGAGGAACCUCCUUACCAAUAAACAGGGCGGCGCUUCUGUCGACGGCAGUACGCUUCAGGACCACUCACCCCCUGAGCCGAAGCAUCACGAAGAUGACGAAAGAAACAAGGAAGAACCUGAGCUGCCACAGUUCCUGCGGGUCCAGACAACAACGGCCGACAAAGAAGAGCUACGCUUCUUCAGGGGCAAGGAGUUCAAAACGCGAUACUUUGGCCCCCACAGCGCGUUCCUGGCCUUCCAAGAAUUGACUGGACUGUGUCCUUUCAUGAAAGAAACCUCCGAGGAGUGGCUUCGACCACACCGGAUCAGCCGGAACAAGGACCGCCACAAGAGGGCCGAGGACCGAGACAGGAAGUUCCGUGAACCAGAUCUUGCGCUGGAAGCUCUCCUUCCCUCCAAGGAGGAAGCUGAUCACAUGGUAUCUAUUUACUUGGACCAGUUCGAGCAGAUUCACCGAAUCCUCCACAUCCCCAGCUUCCGCAGGGACUAUGCCAAGUUCUGGGACCCUAACGAGACUCGUAAUGCAGCCUUCACGGCUUUGAUCUUAUCCAUCAUGGGCAUUGCCAGCUGUUUGGCUGCUAAGCUACCGCACAAGUUCGAAAAGAUGGUGUCGAUCUCUUACGCCAAUGCCAUCAAAUGGAUCGAAGCUGUUGAACGUUGGCAGGAAGUUCAGAGCCAAAAGCAUCGCCGCCUGAUUCACUAUCAGAUCGCCUGCCUCAUCUACCUUGCCAAGAGAGUCAACACAAUGAAGAAGAAGAGAUAUUGGAAAAAUGCGGGCGCAAUGACACAGGACGCCAUCUCUGUCGGGUUGCACCGGGAACCCAGCCACAUGAGGAGUGACAAGAUCACCCCUUUCCAGCAGGAGAUGCGGAGGAGAAUCUGGGCGACUAUUCAAAGCUACGAUCUUCAAGCAUCCUUUGACCACGGUCUGCCAUCAAUCUUGAGCACUCUACACUACGAUGUCAAUCCGCCGCAUAACAUCGACGACGACGAGUUUGACGAGGACACGAAAGAGCUCCCUCCCUCAAAGCCUCCAACUACAUACACGUACUCUUCCUAUCAGCAUCUCAGUCGCCAGAGCUUGCCGCUUCGCCUGGAGCUGAGCCGGGUGCUCACCGGCCCUCCCGAAGAUCUCGACUAUGCGCGUGUCGUUCGCUACACCGAUGAGAUCAACCGCGAGAUUGAUGCCCUCCCGUCAUGGGAUGUAAGCGAUGCAGACAAUGAGGAUACGGACGAACAGCAAACUCAGAAGAAGCCUUUGCUUGCCUAUACACUUUUGCACAUCCAGCUUCGCCAGUACAUCAUACCUCUGCACCAGCCCUUCCUUCGUCUUCGCAAACAAAACUCCAAGUACCAAUACUCGGAGAUUAUCUACUACAAUGCCGCCAGGGAUAUGGUUCUCCUCAACGACCAACUUUUCCAGCAGGGCAUUCGCACACUCAACUUUCUCCGUGAGGACAGUCUAACACUGGCGAUCAAUCUCUGCAGUGUCACCAUGCUUCAACCACGCGGGUCAACUAAUAUGAUCAUGAUCAACAGCAAGCACACGGUGGAGGCCCUGGAGAAGUGCCUGGCCAUGAAGGAGGACCGGAUCUUGAGGUGCGGGAACAAUGAGCCCUGGGGAUACAGCAUUAUGUGUGCUGCUUUUGGGCUUUUGGAGGCUCACCUAGGGAUCAAAACCUCACAGGAAGCAAAGGCAGCCAGUGCGGACAGGUUCGUGACGUUACACUACAAAGUGAUGGCCGGACAGGAUCCGCCUGUUUCGAGCCAGCCGACGGGCUCUCAACCUGGUCCGUCGUUAGUAGGGGCAACGCCAGGACGUGGCGGGCCGGUUACACACGGGCCAUCGCAAGGCCACAGAAGGGUCAAUAACGGACCGUUUUCUGCACCUCCCGGAGGCGGCCCAUCAGCACCAUUUGACCCUUUUUCCAGAGACAAGGUCUGUGCCUCAUUUUCAUCACCGUCGGAUACCACUUCUCAUACUCAGGGAUUCGGUCGGGAUGUCCGGAACGUGCGAGAUCGGGGGCUGACGAAUGGCUUGUUUCCGCAGGGGAUGACUCCUUUUCAACAACAACCACAGCCGCAACCGAACCCGCAUGGAAUUGCGACAGGAAGCAACAACAACGGUAUGGAGAUGCCAGUAAAUCCUUGGUGGGUCGCCAACACGGACACGCUGGGGGAGAUCCCGGUCAACUUUGAACAGCUCGGGUAUAGUGUCAAUGAACUUUGGGGCGGUGGGACGGUGACCUGGGAUUGGGAUGCGAUGAUGGGGUCGUAAUGUCUAAUGUGGGAGGGAUGAGGACUGGGGAGACUGGGAAGGGUUUACCACAAAAAAAAUGGAUUGGGAAUGUCUUGUCUUUUGUAUUGUGGGAUCUUUUGGUGGCAUAUGCGUGCGAGUUGAUGGACUAAAAGCGUUGUUUUGUUUCAUUCGAAAAGUAGCAUGUAGGUGAGGGUUUUAUAUGUAUGGUGUUUGUUGUACAUUGACGGAGAUAUAGUAUGGAAACAAAGUUGUUAUGGAGUGGUAAUCUACAGAAGAUGCUAACAUGACACCAUC